UAAGGUGGAAUUAACAGAAUCAGAUCUCCAGGACUUUUAGGAUAUGUUUUCAACCAAUUGAAAACGGACAGUUGGCCUAAAUGGACUUGACUAAAUCAAACUGAAUUCACAUGAAUAUGACGGUCAAUGUCUUUACGCUCUAGAACUGUUUCUGUGAACGUUAGGCUUCUGAUCUCUACCAGAAUAUAAGAGUUUGGCAAUAUCGUUGAUAAUGACAAUGGCAAAAUAAAGCAAAAUUGAGUUCACAGUGAUAAUAUAUACCAUGUUACUAGUAGAGCUAUAUUGGAUCGUUCUACUGUGGAUUGGAGGACUGGACUUGAGUGGAUUUGAGUGGAUUUGACGUCUGCGUGUGACAGAAGCAACGAGCCUCUCUCUCUCUACACAUUUCCGUGUGUGUGCCUCGGACGGACAGGGGGAAGGACAUGUGACUAGUAGCCGGAAAAAUGGAUUACCUCUCUCCAGCCAACAUCUCCCAAGAUGCAUCCCUUCUCUUUUCCGACGCCGGUCCCCACGGCAACGACCUUUACCUCGGUUACCGUGACUACGACCCCGGCAUUGACGACCCCACCACGGAAGAUUCGUCGCCCCUCCCGCCCCUCCCGCCCCUCUACGCAGACACCCCCCUCCUGGAUUUGGGAGACUUGGGGGGGUACGGUCCCGGGGUGGGGGGGUAUGGGGACAGCUCUCUGGCAGGACUGGGAGACAGUACUAAGCUAGUAGGGGUCCAGGUGGUUUUAAUCCUGGCCUACAGUACCAUUAUACUACUAGGAGUAGUGGGGAACUCUCUGGUCAUAUACGUGGUGUAUCGCUUCAAGACGCUGAGGACCGUGACUAACUUCUUCAUAGCUAACCUCGCUGUCGCUGACCUCCUGGUGAAUACAUUGUGUCUCCCCUUCACGUUGGUCUAUACUCUGCUCGGGGAGUGGAAGUUUGGCCAGCUGCUUUGUUUCCUGCUUCCCUAUGCACAGGGAUUGGCUGUCCACGUAUCCACGGUGACGCUCAACGUCAUAGCCCUCGAUAGACACAGGUGUAUAGUGUACCACCUGGAGACCAGGAUGAGAAAGGAUGUGUGUUUCGGGGUGAUUGCCGCCACAUGGGUACUGAGUGCGGUGCUGGCCAGUCCACUAGCUAUCUUCAGAGAGUAUGGGACCUUCAAUCUGGCUCCAGGACAGUUUAUACAGGUGUGUACAGAGAAGUGGCCGGGCAGCUCGACAGACGGGACAGUCUAUUCAAUCUCCAUGCUCCUCCUCCAGUACGUUCUCCCUCUAGCCGUCAUCUCCUUCGCCUACGCUCGUAUCUGGUCCAAACUCCGUUCCCACAUGUCCCCCGCCGGCCGCAACGACCGCCACCGCCGACGACGCAAAACCACCAAGAUGCUGGUGACCGUGGUCGUGGUGUUCGCGGUCAGUUGGCUGCCGUUCCACGCUUUUCAAUUGGCCACGGAUAUCGACAGCUCCGUCUUGGACAUGAGGGAUUUUAGACUUCUGUACACGCUGUUCCACGUGGUGGCCAUGUGCUCAACGUUCGCCAACCCUCUGCUCUACGGGUGGAUGAACAGCAACUAUCGCACCGCGUUCACGACCGUGUUCCGCUGUGAGCAGAGAAUGGAUAGUGUGCAUCCGAAGGGAGGAAGAGAUGGAGGA